UGAAGGAUCAAAUACUAAUUAAAAUGCUAUAUUCGAUAAACGCUAAUGGGUUUUUCCCCUUCUUAGACGCCCCUGAAACGGCAGAUUCUGCAAACAACUUAAGCAGAAAUAAUGCUCAGUUCAAAAACAGCAGCGGGAAGAAAGGAAAACACAGAAGGUUCCAUAGUAAAGACUACACUGAAAAGGAUGAAAUAUUUUCAUCAGAACUAAAGAUGCCCCUAGGCUCUGUGCUUAAUGAUCAAGACUUUGACCUGAUCGAUGAGUUAGUCACCAAAUGAGCCAAGCCUAAUGAAAUUUCCAGAAAGAUGGACUAUUACUAUGGAUCAUUAGAAAAAUAUCAUAGACUAGGAGAUUGUCAACCUCUCCUUCCACUCAAUUUCGAAACAACAGAAAGCUGAACCGACAAUGCAAACCAGAACUGGGGGAAUCUGGCAAAAGUAAUCCUCCAAGGGAGACAGGAUAUCUGGAAAGAUCUGAUGAAGUCCAUAACAGGGGAUAUCCAUUACAAACUAAAGGAAUUGUGAACGAAAGUUCAAAAACCGAAAUUCGGAAAAGUUCUGAAACUUAUUGACAAACUCCUUCAGAAAGAGAUGGAGCAAUGGCAAGAGAAAUUUAAAAAUCAGAACGAAACUGAGGAGCAAAAGAAGCUAAGGUCUUGCAUUACCUUACUCCUCCUACUUAACAAAGGCAAGCUGGAAGAUAUCAUUCUUUCAUGAAGGCCUUCGACCAAGAAGAGUAAUGAUCAGGAUCGGUUCACCAAAAAGAAAAUGAUUUUUAAGAGAAACACUAGAUUCGACGCUCCUAAAUUCUCAAGGUAUUUUAAGAAUCAAAAUUCAAGAGAUCCUCAACAAACCAGUCAAUACAAAUCUGAUAAGGUCGUUCCCUUACUGCCAAUGCUUCCUCCUACUUGCCCAGAUAGAUUGGGGCAAAGAAUAGAAGGAAUCGAAAAAGUUCCGAAAAAGUUUGUAAAGAAACAAAGAAAGCUUUCUGAGAAUAAUUAUAAGCCUAAUAUGAAUCUUGAUGAAUACAUAACCGAAGAACUGAAGAGACAAAGCCCAAAUAUUUCAUAUGGAAGAAUAUUUAACUGCAUCAGCAGGUCUUCUCUUAAAACAACCUCUCCUUCGAUUAAAAUUUCCAGUGAGAUUAAGAAACCUCUAAAAACUGCAGAAAUUAAUGCUAGAGAGCUAAUUGGUAACACAUAUAUGACUCCACUCAAACAGAGGAUCCCAAAGCUCCCACCCAGAAGGCUUAGCCAAGACAGACCUCACUGGAGCGGGGUUUCAAAUUUUGUAUAAUCGACUCA